CGUUGCUGCAGAGACGACCGGCUGUCGGUCGCCGAUGCUUGCGGCGCGGGGACCAUGACGGGGAAGAAGUCUUCCCGGGAGAAGCGGCGCAAGCGGAGCGGGCAGGAGGCGGCCGCUGCGCUCGCGGCCCCGGACCUGGUGCCCGUGGUGGGCGGUACCGCGGGCAGCUGCGGGAGCGGCGGCUGCUGCGGGGGCGCGGGUGGCGGCGGCGGCGGCGGAGGAGGCGGCGGCGGCGGCGGGGCGAGUGUGGCGGGCGGCGCGGAACGGAGCGAGCGCCGAAAGCGGAGGAGCACCGACUCGUCCUCCAGCGUCUCGGGCUCCGUGCAGCAGGAAACCAAGUGUCUUUUGCCUACUCUGGAGAAAGAAUUAUUCUUGACAGAGCACAGUGAUGUUGAAGAAGGUGGACUGGAUCUGACUGUUUCAUUAAAACCAGUUAGUUUCUAUAUAUCAGACAAAAAAGAAAUGCUCCAGCAGUGCUUCUGUAUAAUAGGAGAGAAGAAGUUACAGAAGAUGCUUCCUGAUGUGCUGAAGAACUGUUCAGUAGAAGAAAUUAAAAAACUAUGCCAGGAACAAUUAGAGCUCCUGUCUGAAAAAAAAAUCUUGAAGAUUCUUGAGGGUGACAAUGGUUUGGACUCUGAUAUGGAAGAGGAGGCAGAUGAUGGCUGUAAGGUGGCAUCCGAUUUAAUCAGUCAGCAAGACACCUGUGUAGAUUCUGCUUCAUCCCUGAGAGAGAACAAACAACCAGAAGGUUUGGAAUCAAAACAAGGCAAAGGGGAAGAUAGUGAUGUACUCAGUAUAAAUGCAGAUGCUUAUGACAGCGAUAUAGAAGGCCCAUGCAAUGAAGAAGCCGCUGCUGCUGCCACUGCCACUGCUCCAGAAGCCCCAGAAAAUACAGUCCAGAGUGACGCUGCUCAGAUAGAUGACCUGGAGAAAGAUAUUGAAAAAAGUGUGAAUGAGAUUCUGGGACUGGCAGAGUCCAGCCCAAAGGAACUCAAAGCGGCCACCCUGACUGUUCCUCCACCAGAAGAUGUUCAGCCUUCUGCGCAGCAACUGGAACUUCUAGAACUUGAGAUGAGGGCAAGAGCGAUUAAGGCUCUCAUGAAAGCUGGUGAUUUAAAAAAGCCAGUCUAGUUUUUCUGACUUGAAUUUUGUGUGUGUUUGAAUGAAGCCAUGUCAUAUAAUUUUAUAUCUGACAUUUAUUUGGGGUCUCAUGUGAUAUUUCUCCUGUAAAACUUAUUAGGUAAACUCAUCGUAGGCUGAAAAUUAUAUAUAUUUUUUACUUUUAUAUUAUAGACUAUAGAUGUGUGUUAAAAUUCAUGGCAGAUAUAAUUGGAGACCAUGGAUAUUUCCUUUAGUUCUGUCUGUAAAUUGAUACCUUGAAAGCCAACAGGAAGGAGUUGGAAUAUUUUUUUCCUUUGUUUUUAAAUGUUUGGGCAACAAACUCAAAAGCUUUAAGAAAGAUUGACCAAGCAUGUCUCUUAAGGCUACCUGUAUUUUUCAAUAUAAUAUUAAAUUAUUGCUCCUAGAUUUGUUAACAAUUUAAGAACUUUAGUUUUGUGUAUAUAUACUUUGAAGAUAUGUGCUGUUUGAGGAUGCCUUUUGUGGAUGUGAGUUUCCUAGCUAAAACUAAUGAAUUGUUUUGUUUUAAGACUCAAAGAUCUGAAAUUGCUUUAAAAGCUUUUUUAAUAAAGAAAAAAACUCAAUUUAAGGCUAUUUUUUUAGCAAUGUAAAAAUAAUUUGUUCAUGUUGAAUUCCAGCAACAAGCCAUUCUGACCUAUGUUUGGUGUUUUGGGGGGUACUUUGUUCACAUUUUUUCCUUCAAUUAAAAAAAAUAGAUUUUUAUUUACAUUCCAAGCUUUCAGGAAAAGGGCAAUAUAAUAUGAUACAGGGUUUCAUUUGAUGUCAUUGUUUGAAGAUCUGAUGUAUAGUUCCAUAAAUCCCAAUAAUAAAAGGCUGUUAUUCUGGAUAUGAAGACUUGAUACUUUUCCAAAAGCAAAAUUGACUUUAAGAACCUUUGAUAAGUUGAUAUUGUAAUUAAGCUAAUUUUGUAUACCUUUUAAUAAACAAAUUAGCAUCUUACCACAAUUAUAGAUACCUUUUGCUUCAUUACUAGUUACACUUGUUUGAUACCAAAAUAAAUUUUGGUAG